UCGGCCACCUCUGCGGCAGCUGCCGCCGCGGAAGCCGCCGGGGACCGGAGCGUUCCCGGGCGGAGCGGAACUCGGCGGUGCCGGCGAACCGGAGCGUCUGUGCGCGCAGGCGCGGUGAGCGGCGCGGUGAGCGGCCAUGGCGACUUUCUUCGGGGAGGUGGUGGUGGCCCCGUCCCGUGCUGGCGUGGACGAUGAGGAGUGGGCGGAGGAGGCCCGAGAGGAGACGCCCGAGGACCGGGAGAUCCGCAGGGAGCUGGAGAAGAAAAGGGAGAUCGACGUCCUGUGGACCCUGAAGUCGGGCGCCUCCUUGGAGAGCUCUGCCGACCAGCCGCUCGUGUGCUCGAAAUUCAUCGUGGCGAUAGGACACAACGCUGCAGCUUUCCUGUCUUCUUUUAUUCUGGAUUCUGUAUGUUGGGAAGUAGUUGGAGUUGUGAAGCUGUGGAAUGAGUGGUGUCGAACAUCCAACACAACAAAUGUCCUCCCGACAGAUUCUUUCUGCUUGUUCUACCGAUUAAUAUCGGAUCCGACAGUUUUGUUGUGCCAGUGUAGUUGCUACGUUGCUGAGGAUCAACAGUUCCAGUGGCUUGAAAAGGUUUUUGGCUGUAUGCAAAAGGAGGGCUUGCAAGUAACCAUUCUUUCAACGUGUCCUGUAGCUGAUUAUAAAACUCAGGAAUCCACUUUAACACUUCCAGCGCCGUUUCUGAAAGCCUUGAAGACAAAAGAAUUCAAAGAGCAGAUCUGCUGCCCACUGCUGGAACAACCCAACAUUGUGCGAGAUCUUCCUGCUGCUGUUUUGAGCUAUUGUCAAGUGUGGCAGAUUCCUGCAGUGUUGUAUCAGUGUUACACUGAUGGCAUCAAGCUGGACACAGUUACUAUUGAAGCGUUCAAGCCUCUGCUUUCCUGUGAAAUCCUGAACAGUUUAGUCAAGGAUGUAUCUGAAAGCACAAAGAUUUUGAAGAAGUUACUGACGACCAAUGAAAUUCACAAUAAUAUCUAUAUCUAAAGAGGACAUCUAUGGCACAGACUGUACUUCCAUUCAUCACUGCAAACAGGUGUAUCUGCAUGGCUUAGGAGAUUUUCGUCUGGAGCAAUUUUAGGGAAGAUACCGUGAAUAUGAAAAGCAACUUCUGUUGGCAACUUCAGUCCUUGAGGAGGAGCCGUGGAGGUGCAGGAGCAUUCUCUGCUGUCACAUCUCUUGCAACAGUGGGAACCUCUCCCAGUGCAGCGGGGUGGUGGGCGUGCAAGCUGCUUCAGCUGGAUUCAUCAGGCCAAACUGAUUUAAUCUGUCCACUUUAAAGCUCUGAAUUGCUGACAAUGGUAGGAAUAGUACCAGUUUUUUUAUGCAGAGUGUGUGAUUUUUAGAGGAAAGCAAAAGUUCAAGUUUUGAAAGUGUCUCGAAAAGUUCUCUGAAAGUUGGUAACAAUUUCAGUAGCGUAUUUAAAAUAUUUUUUAGGAUUGUCAUGCAGUUCCGACUUGCAUAUAUCCUCUGUUAAAUUUAACAUUUUGUUUAAGAAAAUGGUGUUGAAGAUAGUAUAUCUGUUGCUACCAGGUAUUUCACUGGUGGUGUCACUGCACAGAGAUCUUUAAAUUGCACGUAUCUUAUCCUUUUGGAACAAAAGGAUAACAGCUUCAAAGUUCUCUGCUAAGUUUAACUUUGACUUACACUGGGUGCCCAGUGGACAAUUUUGAACAAUGUUUUCCUUCAACAGAACUGUCAUCCCUUCGGUUUUGAAAGUGGUUGGCUCAGUCACCAUCCACUGAAGCAAGAAACCCCUGGCUUCAGCAGACCCGCAGCAGCUUCUGGUUUGGAAAUUUUUUAGCUGCGCGCUGUAUCGCAGUUUCAACAUCAAUAGAAUGUUCUUGAUGUGGACUAAGUACAAGCUUAGACAUUGAUUUUAACUUUCUCUUAAUAUCAGUACAGAUAAACAACUGUUGCUUUAAGUGGUACUGUAUUUUGGAACAAAUUCUGAAGCAUAAAGUACAGGACAUUGAUCCUUUUGUUUUGUUUCCCAUUUCUGUGCAGCAUUUUAAUUAAAACCUGUUUGUAUGCCUGAUCUGAGCAGAGAAUUCUGUUGUUCUGAAAGAGUUGCACAUUGUCUGCACCAUUUUCUUACUUGUGUACUGAAUGUGUUUGAUUCAUAAUAAAUGAAGUACAUAAUAAUAUCUUUAAUAAUAAAUAUGCAGGCUCUUAUAGGAACUGUAAA